AUGCCCGUCAUCACCGUCACCUCCAAGCAGCAGUUCGACCAGCUCAUCCGCGACACCGACUCGGUCGCCAUCCAAGCCAGCGCAGCUUGGUGCGGCCCCUGCAAAGCCAUCUCCCCCCUCUUCGAGAAGCACUCCGACGCCCUGGCCGCCGACCACGCCGUCGCCUUCGCCAAGUUCGACAUCGACCAGGUCCCCGAUCUCGCCCAGGAGCUCGGCGUCACCUCCGUCCCCACCUUCUACUUCUUCUCCCAGGCCGAGAGGACGUCGGUCGUGACGGGCGCCAACCCGGGCUCUUUGAAGACGGCCGUCGAUGACCUGACCAAGCGGGCCACGGGGACCGCGUUUUCCACCACGGAGAACUUUUAG